GCACUUCCGCAUUUUUCGAACGGAAAUACGUCAAUGAAGUGUAGUAGAAUUUCCUGUUAUCAUAGCGGCAGAUACGAAAAAUGGCAGAGUCGAAGAGUCGCAGUUUCUGUUGUGUUCCAGGCUGUUCGUCUUCCAACCAAAAACAGCCCUACCUUUCAUUUCAUUCUUUUCCUGUGGAUCCAAACCUGAAACCCAAAUGGAUACAGGCGAUCCGAAGAGAGGAAGGGCAUAGUUUUAAUGUAAAAACAGGUAGCACCUAUGUCUGCAGCCGGCACUUCGCUCCGGAUGAUUACAGUGGUGGCUGUGUCGUUCGUCGCCUGAAGAGUGGUGUUGUCCCGAGCCUAUUCCCUUGGAACAACUUUACUGCUCCUUUGAGAAGGGAGUCAGUAUAUGACAGAACCUUCAAACGUCAGUCUGUACAGCUAUGCUGUGAAGAUAGCGACAUGGUGGCUAAGGCAGUAAGGAUGGAUCACGACUACGUGACACACCCACCUGCAGGUGCUCUGGAUGAGGCUUUGGAUUACAUCCAUGACUUAGAAGCCAAGUUGCAAAACACUGGUCUACCACCCCCUACUCUCUUCAGCCGAUACUGUUCGUCGGACGACCAAAUACGUUUCUACACCAAAUUUCCAUCCGAGAGUGUUUUUACUAUUUUUUGGGAGUCGAUUGCACCAUCUGCACUUAGACUGGUGUACUGGACCAAAGCACAGAGGGCAGGUGAGGAAGGCUGCGAAGAUCCCAGCCCACCACGCAUCAUGCCAUUAAUAGAUGAGUUCUUGAUGUACUCCAUGCGGGUUGCUGUUGGCAUGAAGGAGCAGCUCAUUGCUGACAUGUUUAAUGUGAGCAUUGCCAGGGUUAGCAGGGUUACCAUCACCUGGGCCAAUUAUCUUUUUAUGAUGCUGAGCUCACUUCCCAUCUGGAUAAGCAGGGAAAAGGUUAAGUCCACUAUGCCCCUUAAAUUCCAGAGGUACUGUCCCAAUGUCAGAGUGAUACUGGACUGCACAGAAAUUGCCCUGGAGACAGCCUCAUCCCUGACCUUACAGUCAGAAACAUUUUCAAGUUACAAAAACAGGACGACAUUGAAAGGGCUAAUUGGAGUUGCUCCCAAUGGUUUGGUGACAUUCAUCUCACCCCUGUACACUGGGUGCAUCUCAGAUAAGGAGAUCACCAGGAUCAGUGGAGUCCUUCCCUUGCUGGAGCCAGGAGACGAUGUCAUGGCGGACAAAGGGUUCCUCAUUCAAGACCUCCUUGCUGACGUUGAAUCUAAGCUCAUCAUUCCACCUUUUAAGCGUUCAGCUCAAUUCAGCAAGGAGGAAACGGAACAAACCCAAGCCAUUGCCCGCCUCAGAAUUAUAGUAGAAAGAGUGAUCGGUAGGAUAAAGUCCUUUCACAUCUGGGACUCUCCCGUGCCGCUCACACUGAUUGGCAGUGUGAAUCAGAUCUGGCUUAACUGCUGUGUUUUGGCAAAUUAUCAAGGACCUUUUUGUUUUGAAGAGUGA